AUGUUUAUGAUUCGUCGUCAACUCGCUUCAUUAUUGACUCGUGCUCCUGGCUUAAAUGCUUAUCACCCAGAAAGAGAAUGUAUGCCGGUUGAAAAAAUUGACAGAGUUUCUGAAACUGCAUCCGAUUGGGAGGCUACUGCCGUUGUAGAUGGCAAAAUCACAAAACUUUCGCUUGAAGAUUUUGCUGGAAAAUUUAUUGUUUUAGUGUUUUAUCCAUUUGAUUUUACUUACGUUGCUGAUUACAAAAAAACAAUUUCAAAAAGAUAUUCUGUCUUGAGUGAAUCAAUGGGGGCACCAUUAAGAGGCCUUAUAAUUAUUGAUAAUGAGCGUAAAAUUCGCGUCGUCCAUAUUAAUGAUGCACCAAUUGGUCGAUCAGUUGACGAAACACUUCGUUUAUUAGAUGCUAUUAAACAUGUCAACGAAUUUGGAGAAGCAAAAGGCCUAUUGCCUGAAUUAAAAGAAUCAACUUCUACAUGUGAUACUCAAAUACCAAAAACUUCACCUAUCAAUCCUUCACAAGUUAAUUGUAUACAAAGUGGUGUUAUCAAAUCAACAGAAUGA